AUGGCGUCGCCUCUCAGAGCCACCGCCAGCAGCGGGCGUCUCCAGCAGCGGUCACCAACGACACACGCCGUCGUGCCUCUCGACCAACCGCUGCUGCCCUUCCGCCUAUCAUCUCCGCUCGACUCCACCGCGUCAGUGCGCGCCGACGACUCGACGGCGUCGCUACGAACAGCGAUAGAUGACGAACUUCUGUCGCUCGAAGGCCACGUGUCGCGAGAGGUGGAAGAAGGGCGGUGGAAUCGCGCGCACGCGUCGCCUACGAUCCGCCCAUCCCCGCCGUCCGUCCCCGCCCGCCUGCCAUCCUCGCAAUCCCGCUGGCCGCCACACCGCCUUCCCGCUCGCACCGCGUUCGUCGCCCUCGUCGCCCUCCUCGCCGCGCUGCUCGCUGGCGGCUCGCUGCUGCUCUCGCGGUCGCCGCUGCCGCCGCUGAGCGACCUGCUUGCGACCACCGGCGACACAGGCGACAGGCCCCCAGACGACACAGUGAGAUCUGACCUGCUGGCGCAGAAUGGGAGGGCGGGUGAUCGGCUGGUAGCGAGUGCGAUGGAGGGUGGUGAGGAGGAUGGGGCCAGCGGUGAGGAGGAUGGCGCGGAGAGGCUAGAAGCGGAGGAGACGAGGCGCAGGGAUAAGGAGGGGGACGCUGGCGCAAGAGGGGAGGCGGAUGGGGUGGUGGGCGGAAAGGAGGGCGAGGGCGGAAAGGAGGGUGUGGGCGGAGGAGAGGGUGUGGGCGGAAAGGAGGGUGUGGGCGGAGGGGAGGGAGUGGGCGGAGGGGAGGGUGUGGGCGGAGGGGAGGGUGCGAGUGGUAGCGAGGGGAUUGAGCAGCAGGAGGGGGCGAGUGCAGCAGCUCCGGCAGCCAGCGCUACACGUCGUGCAGUGCCGAACCCCUCAGCACCAUCACGAGGUGUGCCCCCCUCCUCCCCUGCCCCCCUGCCCUCGGACCCCCUGCCCCUCGGUCCCCCUGCUUCCCUGCCCCUCUGCCCCCCUGCGCCUCUGUGUUGUGCCACCCUCUCCCCCACCUUGGCUUGUGCGGCCCGAAUGGAAAGGCAGCUCUGCUGUACCCCAAUCCAACCUCCGCCUCUCCCCCAUCACCCUCACAUCUCCCCAUCCCACCACUGCCCCUCCCCUCCCCUUAUCUCCCCCUCAGCGCUGCACCCUGGAUGCGACCUGUCACAGGGCACAUGGGUACCCACCACGCGCCCACCGCUCUACUCAGGGGCCAACUGCUCGUGGCUGAGCCCGCAGUGGGCGUGCCGCAGGGCCGCUGACCGCCCCUCCUUCCACCACGAGGCGCUGCUCUGGCGCCCCUCGCACUGCGACGUGCCGCCCUUUGACCCGCUUGACUUCCUUGACCGCCUGCGCCACCGCGCGCUGGCCUUGGUGGGGGACUCUCUCGCGCAGCAGCAGUUCCAGUCGCUGCUCUGCCUGCUCGCCUCUGCUGCGCCAGGGGCCACGGAGGACGUGGCGGGCGAGUGGGGGUUUGUGAACCUGGCGGUGAGGAGCAAGUACAAGCGCAUGCGCCCCACCGGCUAUGCCGUGCGCUUCCCCGCCACCAACACCACCAUCCUCUUCUCCUGGUCCUCCUGCCUCUGCAAGAUAGCGUACUACAACGAGAGUGACAAGCUGGAGGGCGGGGCGGCCAUGCACGUGGACCAGACCGACGACUUCCUGCAGACGCACCUGGGGCGGCUGGACGUGGUCGUCAUGAACAGUGCUCACCACUGGAGCAGGGGCAAGGUGCGCGAGAGCAAGUGGGACGUGCACAUAGCAGGGCAGCCCGUGAACAUCGAUGACCCUCAGCUGCUCCUUGACGUGCGUGUCAAUGCGCCACCGCUGCCACACGCACACCACACAGACAACAGCAGCAGCAGCAGCAGCAGCAGCAGCAGCAGCAGCAGCAGCAGCAGCAGCAGCAGCAGCAGCAGCAGCAGCAGCAGCAGCAGCAGCAGCAGCAGCAGCAGCAGCAGCAGCAGCAGCAGCAGCAGCAGCAGCAGCAGUGAGGGCGAGAGCAGUGAGGCGGCCACUGGGGGCAGCAGGGUGCGCAUAGAGGGCAGCAGGGUGCGCAUAGAGGGCAGCAGCGGCAUCAUGCACGCGCUGCAACGCAUCGCCCUGCGCUCCACCAUGGCCUGGCUGCACCGCCACGUGGCAGCCAUGGGGAGGGAAGAGGGCGAGGGUGCUACAGGGCAGGCACAGGAGGCACAAGGGGGCGAGGGAGGAGGAGGGGAAGUCGUCGGUGGGGAGGGUGGGGCAGGUGCAGCAGAGGAGGGCGGUGGCAGCAGCAAGGGGGUGCGGAGGGGGGGGAGGGCGCCAUUGCUGCUGCUGCGCACGGCAUCGGCGCGGCACUUCUUUGACGGCGAGUGGAACACCCGCGGCCACUGCGACCACAAACGUGAACCCCUAUCCCUGGCAGCCGUGCUGCCGCUCAACUCAUCACGCGACCCGGCAGCAGAGCAGGCGGUGGCGGGGCUGCCGUCCCUGCACCUGCUCAACACGUCGCACCUGUCGUCGUUCCGCCCCGACGCACACCCGUCCCAGUGGGGGUACCUGCUGGACGCCGCCCACCAGGACUGCCUGCACUGGUGCCUGCCGGGCGUGCCCGACACCUGGAACCAACUCGUGUACGCUCACAUGCUGCUCCGGGACAUGCACGAGGUGGGAGAGGAGGGGGGUGUGAGGGAGGUGAAGGGUGAUGGAGGGGAGAGAGGGGCGGAGGGAGGCGUCGGGGUGACGAAGAGGGGAGAUGAGAGGGCAGAGAAGGAAGGUGCCAACAACUAG